AUGUCUUCAAAAAAUCUGAGGCAAAAUCCAGUCUUCCGGGAGCUUGCGGACAUACUACGAUAUACCGACGUAUGUCCGAAUCCUCAAGACUCCGAUUUCGAAACCUGUCGAGCAAAGAGAGUUGACGGUGGGAGGUGCAGAAACCCUCCAUGCAGACGGGAGGAACGAUGGCACGUUCACAGCCUGCUGCCUGAAUUACGAGAGAUAUCGGAAUUUCCCGAUGCUGAGAGUUUCUACGACAAGAUGGAAACUUUCAUCACCUACUCGCAUUGCAAGAGGUGGCAUCGCCAAAGAGCCCUCGAUGCAUUCGCCGAGUGGAAGAGAGAGCGGAUACUCAAUAAAUCCACCUCAAGGCAACGGCCAACGCCAGUUGCACGGCAAAGAUUAUCGGCAAACUUGAGCUCAAGGUCUACACCAUCGGUGCAAUCCUUCAGUACAUCGACUAUAGAGCCAAUAACUGAGGCCGCACUACAACUUGUACCCUCAACGCCUACGCGAUUCGUACCUUCAUCAGCUAGCGCCACAUCAGAUGACGACAGCUCUUUCGUCGACAGCAUUGCAGAGUCUCGUUCGGUUAGUAGCAACACCACUUUCAUGAGCUCUCUGCCCAAUACUCCCCAGCGUAAUGGGACAAUCUCCAGAUUUAACAUCGAGGAUGUUGCUGAGGAAGAAUCCGUUACCGAAGUUGUCCCUGAGGACAGCAUUGUCAUCGAAGACAUUGUUUAUGAAGAGGUUGCUGUUGUCCAAGAGGUUGUUGCUAAAGAAGAAACUGUUCGAGACAACAUCAUCGUUCCAAAUAUCGGGCAAGAGGAUGAUAUUGAGAUAUCUACUGGCCUAAACACUACCAUUUCAGAGAGAGAAGACAGCCAUGAAAGAGACGACAAUGUCAUUCAAGGGCUUGGGAUUACUGGUAUUCAACGUAGUGGAUCGAUACGAGACCACUCGCCGGUAUUCCAAGUCAUCAGUUGCCAUCCCACGCCGGAGAAGAUGAAAGAGGGCGUUAUAUACAUCCUCGAACAUCAGGAGAACCCUUCACUAUUUAAGAUUGGCUGGUCGAGUAAGAGCGCUGAGGAGAGAUUGCACCAUCCGAAUAACUGCUAUGGAAUCAACACGAAGAUUAUUUAUGAGACAAAAAGAUUCAUCGGUGCUCCUCAGGCUGAGCGGAUUGCUCAAGUCAUACUCCGGCAUGUCAACAUUCGUGUUUUAGAAUGCUUCAAUUGCCAAGGAGGGCAUAGAGAGUGGUUCAUUGCACCAAGAGAAACAGUACGCGAGACGGUAAUGCAGGUCAAAGAAUUUCUCCAGAUGCCUGCAUACACUCUGCAAAAUGGAGAGUACAAAUUAUCGCUAGAAGCAUAUGAUCGCGUUGUCAAGGAAAUGUGCGACUUCUCAGUGACGCGACUGGGUGAGCUGAUGCGUGGGCCCAAAGAAAGUCACAAGGAGACUCAGACCACAAUCGACGCGUCGAUUGAAACCAUACUGACACCUUUGGCUCAAAUUACCGAUGAGCCAGAGCAAAUAUCUCGUCCCAAUACUGGCAAUGGGCUUUCAGAGACGCAUGAAGCCAACAAAAGUCUCGUUUCCACUGUCAUUUCCAUUGCUUCGCAUGAAACCCAGUCUCAGAAACUGUCCGCGGGGGUAAAGUUGGCAAGGAAAGUGAAGCGCCUCUUCUCAGUCGGUGAUUCAGUCAAGACGUAUCUUCUGCGACCUCGAGAGCUAAGGCGUGAGCCGGACGGCAAUUCCAAACGCCCAUUUGGUUCGGUCUUUGUGGACCUGAAAGACAAAGCGCGUGGCGCAGGCACGAAAGUACGACAUGAUGCGCGAGAAUUUCGAAGAGAUUUUCAAGAGGAAUUGCGUCGCAAGAGUGAGGAGCAGGCAGUAUGA